AUGUCUGACGUGCACUUGCUGCCUGAGACCAGAAACGACGACGACCUCGACUUGUCAACAUAUCAGACGACUAGCGACACAUGGCUGCAGAAGAGCUAUAUUCCUAUGGCGCGCGUUCUUCACUGGUUUGGGCUCAACGCUAAGCCACACGCGCUGAAAUCGCAAUACCAUGACUUCAUGUUUUGCGAUACCGGGCUACCGAGCACAGAAAAGGAGACAUGGGAGGCUAGGAAGUUUCUUGGAGCUGGUGGAUUCGGCCGUGUUGGCUUUUGGGUGAAGAUACAACGGGAUGGCACCAUAAUUGAUCGCGUCGCCAUAAAGGAGCUUGACGAGAUAUAUCCUGCAAGCCCGCGCUCCCUCUUGUUGCCCAAAGAAGUCGUCAUCAAUCGAGACCUCAACCUUGCUGACAAAGAGUACGUGUGCUAUCUGAGAGGAUACAAAUACAACAGCGGCCUUGGCAAGGGCAGAAUGUACAUGCGAGCGUACGAGCACGGCGAUCUUGAUACUCUACUCAAGCGCUACAGGAUCUAUGGCUAUUUCCUGCCCGAGCGCUUCAUACUUGAAUUUCUGAGCCAUAUGUGUAUCGACCUGAAGCCGCCAAAUGUGUUUCUCGACGACCCUGGAGCCACCACCAGCGGCUAUCCUACCACUGUAGUCGGGGAUUUUGGCGUAGCUGCUUAUACCUCAUCAGAUGAUCCGCUCAAUCCGAAAUGCCUGGGAGAAGGCACACCGUCGUACUAUGGCCCAGAGAUCAUCAAUGUUCUUCUCAAUAAACUCCCGGCCGUUAAACAGUACAGGCUAGGCAGGGCCGAUGUUGGCAACUUCCGCCGAGAAAACAUCCAUAUCGACGCGGCUGCCAACAACAUCUUUGGGAUUGGACGGAUCCUUUUUGACCUCAUGAUAUCGCUUUACAGUCGUGGAGAUUUCAGCAAGUUUGUUCGACUAGACGAUGGCCAGAGGAUGAACAGUGACAACAAGAUCAUGCAUAACGAUGGCCAGGACGUGGACUACGAAUGGCUACAUCACUACAUAAGUGGGAAACGACUCAGCUCGGAAAAAGCACAGAUGAGGGGGCUCAUCACCAAGCUGACUGGAUUGUCGGCUACUGGCAAACUACCUUACUCGGAAGGACUUAUCAAUUUGCUCUGUGCUAUGCUAGACCCUGUACAAUCGCAGCGCCCGAAGCUCAACGAACUGCGUGAGGCAGUCCGACGACUUCGCAUGGACAACGAAAUGUAUGUUGCGAAGGACAACGAAAAUCCCGAGGAUGGCAGCGAGAAGAACAUCAACAAUACGAAACGCGCCAUGGACUCGCAAGACCCUCAUCGCCUGCUGUACCGCCCUGAAGACUUCGCACGCGCCAACUUCACAAGGGGUCCUAUCUGGCCGUCUAGGACAGAAGGUGAAACGCAGGCAGCCAAGGACUGGAUGUCUACAUUGAAGAACAUGGCCGAUGAAAUGCUGAGAAUGUGGGACCCGGACGAUCCCAUGCCAACCAAGCCAUGGUACUAUAAAGAAACCGAGGAACGCAAGUGGUGGCGCUUCCCAGUCAACGACAUGGCUGUGCAGAACCAAAGGGUGCCGCGUGACAACGAUGACCGAUCGGGCCCGAUCGUCAACCAUGGUGCACAGAUCCUGAGUGAGGGCGAGGCUGCAGCAAUGCGCAUGAACAAGAAGCGCGCUGUCGGGGAAGUGGCCGAGGAUGCCGAAGGCCAGCGCCCCACGAAAAGGAAUCGUUCAGGCGCGGACGGGGCCGAGAGGGAUGUUGCCGACGGCAGCAAUGCUGUUCAGCCUACACAGACCAACGCAGAGGCUGCGGGCCCCGAAGUCAACGAGCUGGACCAGGAACAGCAACAGGAGCAGGAACAGCAACAACAAGCAGAGAGGCCAGCUGUCAAUGACGAACCCAGACCCAAACGCGCAGACUACCUCAAAAUGACGAAGCCCGAGCUCGAGAAGGAAGCCCGGGUUAUCAGAGGGCUUACGCUGGCCGACGAUGAGACCAAAGACACCCUCGCCAAGAAGCUGGUGGCUGCCGACAAAGAUGGCAACACUGGUAUGGGAGUCAUGAAUGCUUGGCAUGUGUUCGGUGGCAAAGGCAAGAAGCCCAAGCCUGAGGACAUCAAGUACUAUGCGACGCUGGAAGAGAAGGAGGCUGACAUUGGGAAGAUUCUCGUCCCAGAGAAGAAGGAAAAGAAGAAGAAGGGCAAGAGGUAG